GCCCUCUCUCUCCCGGCCCCGCCCCAGGUAAAUCCACUUGGACGUUUGUGGGUGCGGUGCUGCCCCCCACCCGUGAUGUCCCUCCGGCGCCUGCUCUGUGCUGCGGCCUCCCGGCGGCCGGCUCCCGUGAGAUGCAGACGAGGCAGCCCCCUGCACACGGCCACGGUGGCCUGCUCGGACAGGAGUGCCCCCGUGUUCGGCCGGGCCCUGGCCUUCGGGGACCGGAUUGCCCUCGUUGACCAGCACGGCCGCCACACGUACAAGGACCUCUACCACCACAGCCUCCGCCUGUCCCGGGAGCUGUGCCGGCUCCUCGGGUGUGCCGGCGGGGACCUCCAGGAGGAGAGGGUCUCCUUCAUGUGCUCCAACGACGUCUCCUACGUGGUCGCGCAGUGGGCCUCGUGGAUGAGCGGGGGCGUCGCUGUCCCCCUCUACAGGAAGCACCCGCAGGCCGAGCUGGAGUAUGUCAUCCGGGACUCCCGGAGCGCCGUGGUCCUCGCCGGCCGGGAGUACGUGGAGCUGCUGGGCCCGGUGGUCGGGAGGCUGGGGGUCCCGCUGCUGCCCCUCCCGCCCACGGUCUACGGUGCGGCGGCCGAGGCGCCCGGCGAGUGGCGGGUGCCGGAGCAGAACUGGAGAGACCGAGGCGCCAUGAUCAUCUACACCAGCGGGACCACAGGGAGGCCCAAGGGCGUCCUGAGCACUCAUCACAACAUCAGGGCCAUGGUGACGGGGCUGGUCCACAAGUGGGCGUGGACUAAGGACGACGUGAUCCUCCACAGUCUCCCGCUCCACCACGUGCACGGCGUGGUCAACAAGCUGCUGUGUCCCCUCUGGGUGGGCGCCACCUGUGUGAUGCUGCCUGAGUUCAGCGCAGAGCUGGUUUGGGAAAAGCUCUUAAGUUCUGAAGCUCCACGAAUUAACAUAUUUAUGGCGGUGCCUACAAUAUAUGCCAAGUUGAUGGAUUAUUAUGACAAACAUUUCACUCAGCCUCACGUCCAGGAUUUUGUACGUGCGGUCUGUGAGGAGAAAAUUAGGUUGAUGGUUUCGGGGUCCGCUGCCCUGCCCCUGCCUGUGCUGGAGAAGUGGCAAAGGGUCACCGGCCACACUUUGCUGGAGCGGUAUGGGAUGACGGAGAUCGGCAUGGCCCUGUCCAACCCCCUGACCACGGCUCGCACGCCAGGUUCCGUGGGGACCCCGCUGCCAGGUGUGGAGGUGCGCAUUGUCUCAGAAAACCCCAAGAAGGACGGCUAUCCCUACGUGCUCCACGCGGAAGGAAAUGAGAAGGAGACAAAGGUGACCCCAGGGUUCACGGAGAAGGAAGGAGAGCUCUUGGUCAGGGGGCCAUCCGUGUUCCGUGAAUACUGGGACAAACCAGAAGAAACCAGAAAUGCCUUCACCUGCGACGGCUGGUUCAAGACAGGCGACACAGCCGUGUUCAAGGACGGCAGGUACUGGAUCCGGGGUCGCACGUCCGUAGACAUCAUCAAGAGCGGUGGCUACAAGAUCAGCGCCCUGGAGGUGGAGCGGCUCCUGCUGGCGCACCCCAGCAUCACAGAUGUGGCUGUGAUUGGAGUUCCAGACAUGACAUGGGGCCAGCGGGUCACCGCAGUGGUGACCCUUCAGGAGGGACACUCACUGUCCCACAGGGAGCUCAAAGAAUGGGCAAGCACUAAGAUCUUUUUAGCUCAUCCAACGUGAUUUCACAAACAGCAGGAGAGCCUUGUUUCGUGAGGGGCAGCACAGCUGGGCCAGGAGCUUCCCCUGGAUUUUCGAAGUCACAGUUGGAAGAGUCGGUUUAACAAAGGAGAAGGUUCUAGUGGCUGUAGCUGCUUUGAUUAGACAAAUUACUUUGUGAAGGAGAAGAAAGCACACACCCUGAGCUGAGCUCUCUGCGGAGACUGUCAGGGCGCAGUCUUGGCCGCCCCCGUGUGGGGAGCCCCGCACCCCAGGGCUCGUGUCCACCCCGCAGGUGUGUGUGCACACGCCUGGCUCGGGGCCGGGGAGGGCGCGGGACAGGCUCUCCGUGCUCUGGGGGAUGCACACGCCUGGUCGGGCUCUCUCUGCUCCGGGGGGGCCCCCUGGGAGGCCAGGGCAGGCGGCCGACCUGCCGCCUCUAGGACCGUAGCACAGUGAGGCCGGUGUCCGGGCUUCUGUGUCCUCAAGCGGGGCAGUCACUGGGCGGUGGCACGGAGGCCACCCACCCCGCGGAGGGAAAAGAGGGAUCUUCCUCCCGAAUGGGCAGGUCUGACUCUAGACCUGGGUUCCAGCUCUGCCGGAUGAGGCUCUUAGUGAAGGUCCUCUCUCUCUCUCUCUCUCUCUCUCUCUCUCUCUCUCUCUCUCU